CAGUCCCUCCGGACCCGCCGCGAGUCUCAGGCUGCCGAAAUCACCGCGCGUCACUCGCCUCAACAGUGAUUCUGAGUCUGCUUUUAGCUUUCUUCGCCUUGGCUUUAUUCUGUUUGUGAACAGCUGUUUGGCCCAUAGCUUAGAGAAAGCAGCCUUUUUGUCUCUCCCAAGAGAGCCUUCUCCCUGUGCUCAGAGAGAUGGGGAGUGGGGAGCCUAAUCCUGCUGGCAAGAAAAAGAAGUACCUCAAGGCUGCCCUGUAUGUGGGUGACUUGGACCCAGAUGUUACCGAGGACAUGUUAUAUAAAAAGUUCAGGCCUGCUGGACCUCUGCGCUUCACCCGAAUCUGCCGUGACCCGGUGACCCGCAGCCCCCUGGGCUAUGGCUACGUUAACUUCCGCUUUCCUGCGGAUGCUGAGUGGGCACUGAACACCAUGAAUUUUGAUUUGAUUAACGGCAAACCAUUCCGUCUAAUGUGGUCUCAGCCAGAUGACCGCUUAAGAAAGUCUGGAAUUGGAAAUAUAUUCAUCAAAAACCUGGACAAAUCCAUUGACAACAGGGCCCUUUUUUACCUGUUUUCAGCUUUUGGGAGCAUUCUCUCCUGCAAAGUCGUAUGCGAUGACAACGGCUCUAAGGGUUAUGCCUAUGUACACUUUGACAGCCUGGCCGCUGCCAAUAGGGCCAUCUGGCACAUGAACGGAGUGCGGCUCAACAACCGCCAGGUGUAUGUGGGCAGAUUCAAAUUUCCGGAAGAGAGGGCUGCUGAAGUUAGAACUAGGGAUAGAGCGACUUUCACUAAUGUUUUCGUUAAAAACUUUGGAGAUGAUAUGAAUGACGACAAACUGAAGGAACUUUUCAGUGAGUAUGGGCCAACUGAGAGUGUUAAAGUAAUAAGAGAUGCCAGUGGGAAAUCGAAAGGCUUUGGAUUUGUCAGAUAUGAGACACAUGAGGCUGCCCAAAAGGCUGUGUUAGACCUGCAUGGAAAGUCCAUCGAUGGGAAAGUGCUUUAUGUAGGGCGAGCACAGAAGAAAAUUGAACGUCUUGCUGAGUUAAGGAGAAGAUUUGAGCGGCUGAGAUUAAAAGAAAAAAGUCGGCCUCCAGGGGUGCCUAUCUAUAUUAAGAACCUGGACGAGACCAUUGAUGAUGAAAAACUGAAGGAGGAAUUUUCUUCCUUUGGAUCAAUUAGUCGGGCCAAAGUGAUGGUGGAGGUGGGGCAAGGCAAAGGGUUUGGUGUUGUCUGCUUCUCCUCUUUUGAAGAGGCUACCAAAGCAGUAGAUGAGAUGAAUGGUCGCAUAGUGGGCUCCAAGCCCCUGCAGGUCACUCUGGGCCAGGCCAGGCGCAGGUGGUAAGGAUAAGAAUGCUCAAUUUGUUUCAGCCUUAAGCUGGUGCCUACUUAGUUUGGGCUACUUUGUGAUAAGAGGUUAUUUUAUGUCAAUUAACAGGUUUUUUUAAGUGAAUACUUUCUUUUG